CACAAGGUGUUUGACAUCGUGACAUUGUUUGUUCAUGACCACGUUAUUAUGCUGAUGUAAAGUCUAAGUUUUUUUUGUUGGUGCUGGACUGUAUAAUUUGUGCGGGAGCGCGCAUGUGAACGCGCACCCAGCGACGCGUCCUUUUUGUUUCCAUGGAGACCUCGGAGGGCAACAGAACACGGAGGGAAGGUGUCCGCGCGGAGUCUCGUUCUGAACCAGCUUCACCUUUAACUCCUCAAACGACGCGUUGACGUCGGAGGAGAUCUGGACUCUGCUUCAGUUACCGCUUCCGUUAUUUGCAGUGUGCUGAAUGACCCUGGAAGUUGCCACUUGGGAGAGAGAUGGAGAUUAGCUCUCAUACACUGCCACCCUCGUCACCAUGUCCUUCCACUUUUGAAGGGUCCCUACCGUUCUCCUCCUCACCGCGGCAGGCCUGCUCAGAUGGUCGUGUUUCACUCCCACUCUCACCUAUUUCGUUCCCCUCGUCCCCUACCUCACUUUCUCCAGCAACAGGCGAGUCGAUUCAUUCUUCCUCACCUCUUUCACACUGCUCAGCCUCUCACUGCCUCGAAGAACAAAACAUACAGUGCCUCAGCCUGGCGAACGUAUCUGACCAGGAUGACCUGACCUGCCUCAACUGGCUGCAUCAGAGGGGCAACCUGCUACCUCUGCAGUCCCUUCACAAAAUGACCCCACUGCCUCAGCUAGAGUCCUCUGUGCCCACCCGUCCUCUUCCUCCUGCCUCGUCCAAGCCACCGUACUCCUUCAGUAGUCUUAUUUUCAUGGCAAUAGAAGACUCUCCUGACAGGAGGCUUCCAGUGAAGGACAUCUACAAUUGGAUUGUGAAUAAUUUCCCCUACUACCGGACAGCUUCUGGAGGCUGGAGGAACUCUGUUAGACACAACCUGUCCCUGAGCAAGAGCUUCCGUCGUAUUCAGAGGGACAAGAGCCAGUCAGUGGGUAAGGGAUCGCUGUGGUGUGUGUGUCCAGAUUAUCGGCCGGCGCUCCUCGAGGUGCUGAGGAAGACCCACAGUUAUCACAGCACCAACAUCAAUCUGUUAAACAAGCCUGCACUGUUGGAGGGAGCUGAAUUUGGGGUGCCUGCAGUGUGCGACUCUAUGGAAAUGUCAGAUCCUCUCUCACAUGCCCUCCUACUCUCCACACCCUCAUCCCAAAUCCUGACCGCCGAUAACCCAACUUUCUCGGAAAACCCUUUGUGCCCUUUGACCCCAGAUCACGAGGAGCUCGUCACCAUGGAGUCGGUUGAAUACCAGCAGGGGGAGGUCAGUGAGGAGAUGGAGAAGGACCCCCUGUCAGACAGCGGGUACAUCGAGCUUCACUAUUACCAGUCUCACCAGUACCAGUACCUGGUGCUGCCGGGAGACACAGAGUUGGACCUGGAGACUGUGGAGAUCCUUCAGCUCGAUGCCGAGGCCCAGGAGGCUGCUGGGUCACUGCUGGACCUGGCAGGCGGCGGAUAUUAAUGUUACAUCCCAUUUAACAAUCACAACUGAUAGAAAGCUUCAGUCCAUUGUAAGCAAAUACUCCAACAAAAAAACAUAAAUAGGGAUUUAUGUUUUAAAGUCCUAAGUGAUAAUGGAUGGGGUGAUGAUGAUGAUGCAAGAUGGCUGCUUAAUCCUGAAACGUUGACACUGCCCUACGGCUUGUUUUGUAGUUAGGUAAAUAAUAUAGAUCAUCUUUUUGAUGGACAAACAAGAACAUGGAUCAUAUUACUUAAUAUGUGUUCAGGCACUUUCAAUGCAAAAGCUGAAUUUACCGCCGUACAAUACCAUACAUACAAUGACAACAUGGACAAAGACUUGUGAGUGUAAUGUUCAACUGAAAUAUGGGAGGGAAAAGUAUUAGUAGAGAAUGAGCUUCACAUACAAAACGUUCUGAUGUUUUCCACUGUGUUUUUUACUCUUUAAGUUCAUCACUCUCAGGGUGAAAGGAGUGCUUCCAACUCAAGUUGAAGUACAGUUUUUUAAUGAGGAUGUUUCCCAAGUUAAAGUAUGUGACCAAAUGUUCUUUAUAAGAAGGUUUUUAGAGGUUACUUUUUGAGCAAAAAAUCUUAAAAACAAACUUAAGUUGAAUAUCUUGUCCUUGACUAUGUUACAGUUACCCGUUCUGACAAUGCUGCCUUUUUAAAAGUAGUUGAUUAUAUUAACUGAUUUAAAAGUACUUUAAUUCAUAAUGUAGUUGCAAUUGUAGAUUGCUCUCAAAAAUUGGGCUAACGCCACUCAAUUAGUACCUCCAGUUUAAGUUCUGACUGAUUUUCUUCCGCCUGUUGUCAUUCUCCUGAUCAUAUAUGCUAGAGUUGAUUUAUGUAGGCUUCAUAUUGUUAUGUUACCGAAGUUCUACUGAUUUUCUGUGAAAACUUAGAUUGAAUCCUGUAAGAUAACUAAAUUGUCUUCAAUCAGGAAUAGUUUGAUUGGAAUUUUGAGUAAAAAUGCA